AUGGUACUGGGCGACUGGGGAGGUCACCCUUUAUACCCGUACACCACCCGAGUGCAGACAGCGGUCCGGGACCAGAUGGUGAGGUACGCCCUCGAACAUCACCCGCGCUUCGUGGUCAGCCUGGGUGAUAACUUCUACAAGAACGGCGUUCAGAGUUCUGACGACCCACGCUUUAAUCACACGUUUGAACAGGUGUAUUCCGACCCGUCCUUGCACAUCCCCUGGUACGUGACGGUUGGCAACCAUGAUCACCACGGCAACGUGACGGGUCAGAUCGAUUACUCAAAGAAAUCAAAUCGCUGGAAGUUCCCAGAUUUGUAUCACAAGUUUACGUCUCAAGCCGCUAACGGUCGCUUCGUUGAUGUCAUACUCAUCGACACCACAGUACUAUGUGAUGACGUGUACGACCCACACGUACAUUUUGCAGCCGUCCAACUGGCGUGGCUUGAGGACUCACUAAAGCAAUCCAGUGCGGACUAUAUCGUGGUAGGUGGUCACCAUCCCGUAUAUUCCGUCGGCAAACACGGACCCUCGACCUGUCUGCGGAGGAAACUCGAGCCCUUACUGCACACGUACGGAGUGUCUGUGUAUAUCGCCGGACAUGAUCACAAUGUACAGCAUAUUCAAAUGCUUGGUAACACUUCAAGUUUAAGCAACAGACCAAUGGAUUACUUCAUAGUAGGCUCGGGAAGUAAAACGAGCUCCAAACGCUUCCAUUUCGACGACAUACCGGAGAGUCAAGUGAACUUCUUUUUCGCAAAGCCAAAAGACGUUGGCGGAUUCGCAUGUUUCGAGGUGUCUGGUGACACGAUGACUGUAAAGAUGAUUGACGGACUUGGACAACUACAGUACAAGUAUCCGAUAAAUCCGAGAAAGUAACAUACCCGGCUUUGUUCAGACAAUCACAAUCAUGCUUGAUGUACGUUUGGACAAGAAGCUUUGUUGUUGAGAUCUAAUUCUUGCCAGAAC